CGGCGGGAAGGCUGUCGGUUAGGUGCUGUCGCUCGAGCGAAGAUGACUACGACAUCUGAAAAAAGAGCUAAUGAGACUGAUGAUGUAUAUUAUAAGGCAAAUGUAGUUUUAGUUGAUAUUGAAGGUACCACCACUUCGAUUGAUUUUGUGAAGAACACCCUUUUCCCAUACGUGAGGAAAAAUUUAGACGUGUACUUGAAAAGCAAGUGGAAUGAUGCUGAAUUCAAAGAAGACCUAAAAUUGCUCCAAGAGCAGUCUAAACAGGACGAAGCAGAUGGUACAGAAGGCUUUGUUAAAAUACCAGAGGGUGUCUCAGAAGAUAUUUCUGAGGAUGUGAAAAAAAAUGUUUUAUGGCAGAUGAACUUGGAUCGUAAAACUAAAGCACUGAAGCAGCUGCAGGGACACAUAUGGCGAGAUGCUUAUAAGAAAGGAGAGGUUAAAGCUCAUGUGUAUCCAGAUGUUGCCCCAGCACUGAAGUCUUGGAAGCUGAGUGGGAAAGAUAUUUAUGUAUAUUCAUCUGGAAGUGUUGAAGCACAGAAGUUACUGUUUGGUCACACGCAGGAUGGUGAUUUACUUGAGCUUUUUUCGGGUUACUUCGAUACAGCAGUGGGGCCAAAAGUGGAAGAGAGCAGCUAUUCCAACAUUGUUAAGUCCGUGAAGUGCAAAAGUGAAGAAAUUAUAUUCUUCACAGAUGUUCCAAAAGAAGCAAGAGCAGCAAAAUCAGCAGGCUUACAGGCUGUCAUUGUGGUCAGAGAAGGAAACCUUCCUAUUACAGAUGAAGAUAAACUUGAGUUUCCAGUAAUAAAGUCAUUUGAUGACAUUGUAUUUGAAACAUCUGUGAAGAGAAGAAAGAAAUCUGAAGAGGAAACAUUAGAACAGGGAAAGGCAAAUUCUGCUGUAGUUGAUGUAUCUAGUAUGCAGGAUGUGGAAAUGCAAGAAGAGCCAAUUGCUGAUAAAACUCAAACAUCAAAAGCAGCUGAAGGGGUAAGUAGUACUGAGAUGGUUGAGGCUGUAGAGGUACAGCCAGAUUCCAUGAAGCAAACACCUGUGGAACAGUGUGACAGCAUUGAAGAAGCAAAUCAGACCAGCUGCAAAGACAAAGAUAAUGUGAACAAUGAUCUUAGCAGUACUAAGAAAACUGGUAGUGAGGUACUUGCUGAUAAGGGUACUGUUGCAAUUACGGAGCAAAAAAAGUCAAAUGAAACAGAUACAUUGGAAAUAAAUGGUGCAGAAAAGUUGGAUAUGAAUAUUGAUAACCAGGUAGAAACCAAUGGGCCCAAAUGUCCUAAAGACAGUCUCUCUAAAUCUGAUGCUAAUAAUGAUACUCCAAUAAAAACAAAUAGUGAUAACUCUACAAAUUCUAAAGAUGCAAUAUUAAAUGAAAAUAAGAAUAGCAGUUCAUCUUCAGAAAAGUGUCCUAGUCCUGCAGCUAAUAACUUGCCAGUCACUGGUAAUGACACUGUAGUUCCUGAUGGUAAGACUGACAUUAAAUUGGCUGACAGUGAUAAGGCCAAGCUUUGUAAUAAGACUGAAAUGGGAGAACAUGACAGCAAUAUUUGUGAUGACUCACCUCAUACAUCUGGUAAGGAUGGUACAGAAUCUCUCUCAUCUGAUGCUACUGACAGUAAGACAAAGGUAGAAUCUCUGACUGAAAAGACUGAAUCCACAUUACUUAACACAGCUGAGCUGCCAAAUAAGACUGAAUGUACACAUACUGAAAAGACUGAAAAAAUUUGUGCAAAGACUGAAUGUGCCACUACUGAUAACUCUGAAUCUGCUCCAGUUAGUAAGACUGAAUCCCUAAAACCUGUUGAAGCUGAACCUGUCACUAAAAAGACUGAAUCUGAAGUAAAUAAGACUGAACCAAUGGAAACAGAUGAUCUGACACCUGCACACACAGGAGACCUCAAAAAUAAGGAUGAAUCAGAACAAAAAGAUAAAGAAGUUGCACAGGAGAGUGCACCAGUCAGUGGGGUAGGAACUGAUAUUUCUCCAGCAACAGAUGAGGUUAAAGGUAAAGCAGUUGUGCCCUCAAGUGAGACCAAGGCUCCAGCAGCCGUAGAUGGUGGUAAGAUUGAGGUUGCUAUGGAGGCAACCGAGACUAUGAUGGAGGCAGCCCUAGAUGACAGUAAGGCCGAGGAUGUAAGGGAGGCAAUUCCAGAUGAUGGUAAGGCCAAGGUUACAGCAGAGGCAACACCAGGUAGUGGUAAAGCUAAGCCUACAGUGGAGGCAAUCUCAGAUGGUUCUGAGGCUGCAGUGAAGGCAUCCUCAGAUGAUGGCAAUGCCAAGGCUGCAAUGGAGGCAUCCUCUGAUGGUGGUAAGGCCGAGGUUGCAGUGCUGGUGACCCCAGAUGGUGGUAAGGUUGACACUGCAGUGAAGACAAUGUCAGAUGAUGGUAAGGAUGAGGUUGCUGCAGAAGUGAUGCCCGAUGGUAGCAAGGAUGAGGCUGCUGGAGAAGUGAUGCCAGAUGGUAGUAAGGCCGAGGCUGCAGCGGAAGUCACACCAAAUGGUGGUAAGGCCAAGGAUACGGCAGAGGCAACGUCAGAUGGUAAGGCUGAGGCUUCGGUGGAGGUGACGCCAGUUGAUGGUAAGGCAGAGGCUGCGGCAGAGGCAACCCCAGAUGCUGGUAAUGUUGAGGUUGCGGCGGAGGCGACCCCAGAUAGUGCUAAGGUUGAGGCUGCUGUGGGUGCAACCUCAGAUGAUGGUAAGGCAGAGACUGCAGUGGAGGUGACCCCUGAGGACAAUAUGAUGGAGGCAGCCCCAAAUAGUUGUAAUACAGAUUCUGUGACAGAGGUGGACCCAGCUGGUGAUAAGGCUAAGGUAGCCAGCUGUGUGAAUGGUGGCAAUGCUACAAAAGUUAUUUCAGAUGUCAAGGCUAAUAGUGUUGCAUCUGUGACUGAAAUGAAAGCUGAUAACAAAACUGAUGUACCCAUGGAAGAUGUUGAACCAAUGGUCACAGAUGACACUGAACGAAUAUCAACUGAGAAAGCCGAACCUGUGAUCAAAGAUGAGUCUGAACCAAUGGUCACAGAUGAAGCUGAAUCUGUAGCAACAGAUGAAGCAAAGCCCGACACUGAAGGAGCAAAAAAUUCAUCAACAAGUGACGCUGAACAUAUGGUGACGGAAGAUCCUGAACCAAUGGUUACAGAAGAUGCUGAACCCAUGGCUACAAAUAAGGAUGAAGCUGUGAAAAGUACAGUAAAAGAUGAUGGUAAUGACAAAUCUAAAGCAACACAGGCUGAAAGAGAGACAGCAGCUGAUGAGGAAAGCAGUAAAUGUACAAAAGGUGCUCCUAUAGAUUCUACCCCUGUGGUUGACAAUGCUAACUGUAACUCUGUGAACAAAGAUAUAGCUGUUAAGGAGGAAAAUGACCCUGCCGGCACAGGGAAGCUUGAUGCAGUGUCAACGGCAAAAGAUGAUGUACUUGAAACUAAGACUGAAUCAUCAAAUAAUGAAAAUAAAAUAAGUGAGGCUGGAGGUCAGAAUGUUGCAGAUAAUGUAAAAGAAACUGAAAAUGAAUUAAAGGAAGGGAAAAAGAAUGUUAAUAGCUGUGUUGAAAAUGGUGAGAGUACAGAAAAGACUGAGAACACUAGUGAGAAGCUUAAAGUAGCAGUGGAGAGUACUGAUAAAGUGGCUGACAAUGUUGUUAGCACUUAGACCAUGCUUGCAUAAAUAAAAUUAUUGGAACUAACAUAAUAUAUGGUUGUUAAUGUAAGUGAUGUACCAGUGAGACUGCUACAGUUUAAAAUACAGAUGAAAAAUGUACUUUCAGUCUUAAGUGCCAAAAUAUGGAGCUUUAAACAGUUUCACUAUAUAACACUUUCCCAACAAUUGCUAGCAAAUGAAGGGUACCACUUGUACUUCCAGGCAAGUCAGGCUGUUUGAUGUUCCUUAUGUCCCAUAUUUUACAGUGUCUGGCUUUGCCAUUUGGUAAACCAUGUUGCUAAUAAGAAUUCACAUGUUGUAAAUAUAUCAUACAUAAUGUAAUAAGGUCCAUUCCUGAAAUUUAGAGUACAUGGACUAGUUGUGCUCAAUUCUGCUACAUUCCGAGAGCUGCCAUAAGUGUUCACUUUUACAACUACCUUAGAAGAUAACAUUUUAAUGUUUUCACAUGGAGAUUAUAUUUUUAUAUCAAUAUACUACUGUAAAGUUAAUCUGUACUUCCUAAACUUUUUUAUUAAUAUAUUCCUUCUUAUAAUAGUAACAGAACUGAGUUAGCUGUUGCAGUUCAUAUUAUAGCAAUAGCAGAUACAUGAAAGUUGUCAGUGUUCUACUUGUCCUGCCUCUGUGAAUAUCUCCUGCAGUGUUCUGGACACUGUCAAAUGUUUUAAUGUACAGUGACCACUUUGUAUUAUUUUGAAACAAUGUUCCUUUUACCACAGUAUUGCUGUAACACUAGAAGAGUAUUGAAGUGAUAAGUUUUGUAACUGCAGUACAGGAAUUUUACUCUUUAUAAAGUAUAAUUUUUUAAAUUAGCAGUCUCGUAAGUAAAUUUUAGGGCAGUUGCAGUGAUCUUGUACUUAUGAGAAAUGUAUUAUGUGCUAUAGAGUAUUGUGAAGUAAAAUUUUCAAAAAUACAUUAAGGGGAGAAAGUGUCAAAGCCUGCAAUUUUGUAAUAUUGUGAAUAAUAGUUGUAUCUGCGUAGUUGUCUUUGUCAACGAUGUAAAAUGACAAUAAAAAUUGUCUUCAGCAA